UUUUUUAUGCGUUGCAUGCCACCCACAUCCACACGAUGCGCGACGGAAAGCCCUGCGGGCGGGGAGUGGGGAGGGGGAUCCGGCGGCGUGCUCAGGUGUAUUAUACCUGGCGCAGGAGAAAGUGGCCUCACUCAGUGCAAGCACACGCUCCAGAGAGAACGUACCGGCGAACGACCCAUACCGAGAGCACCGAGGCGAACCAGAUUAAGCAGAGAAAUGCUACUUUGGGCGUCGAUAGCAUUGCUGGCGGCCGUGAGCGGCGCGCAGGCACAAUGUCUGGGCGGCAAAUCGGCCAUGACCAAGACCAACAGGCUGGAUCCGCAGGCCUUGCCCAACGCCCAGCGGGCCUUCAGCGCCGAAAUGCUGCGUCACCUGGGCAGGCGCGACGAGAACGACACCGGCCUCGGCAGCAACCUCUUCUUCUCGCCCUACAGCACCUACAUGGCUCUGCUGCUCGCCUACUUUGGCUCGGCCAGCACCACCGAGGAAGUCCUCCAAAAAGGUCUUCACCUUGGCCAAAUCGAAAAGGGACGAGUCAUGGAAGCCUACAAGAUGGAACGAUUCUUCCAGGGCACCAGAGCUGGAAAGUCUGACCCAACAAAUUACGAACUCAGCUCGGCCAACCGACUUUACUUCCGUGAGCAACAGGAGUUGAAGGAGUGCGUGUCCGAGUUCUUCAAGGACGAAAUCCAGAAGCUCAACUUCCAGUCGAACCCUGACGAGGCGCGCUCAGAGAUCAACGCGUGGGUCGCCGGCCAGACCAAGAACCGCAUCACUGACCUUCUGCCCUCCGGCGCCAUCACGCCCCUCACCAACGUCGUCCUGGUCAAUGCGGGCUACUUCAAGGGACUGUGGCAGUCGCAGUUCCAGCCUGAAAACACGCGCAAGGCCGUUUUCUACAUGUCCUCGACGGAAAGCGCACUGGUCGACAUGAUGCGUCAGAAGGGAAGCUUCAAUCACGCCGUUUCUCAGUCCCUGGGAGCACACUUGCUCGAACUGCCCUACAAGGGAAAUGAAGUUUCCAUGGUCAUCCUGCUGCCGCCCUAUCUCAAUCAGCCCGACGGAGGACUGCAGCACCUCUUGGCGCGUUUGACCCCCGAAGCCCUGCAGGAGGCUAUGGAACCCGGAAGCAUGUCUGCCAGACAAGUGGAGGUCGCCAUUCCUAAAUUCAGCAUUGACCACUCUCUGGAGCUUGUUCCUGUUUUGGAGAAGCUUGGUCUCGGCGCAGUUUUCCAGGUCGACGCCGACCUAAGCGGCUUCAGCGACGACAAAAACGCCACCAUUCAUUUGGACGGCGCCGUGCACAAAGCCCGUCUGGAGGUGGACGAAAAGGGGUCCGUAGCCGCCGCCGCGACAGCCCUGUUCUCCUUCAGGUCGUCAAGGCCACUCGAACCCGAGCAGUUCGUGUGUGACCACCCCUUCGUGUACCUGAUCGUGGACAAACUGGGUGGCGGAACCAUCCUGUUCGCCGGCAUCUACAGAAACCCGCGUGAACUGCAGCAGAACUAAGGUGCUGCUUCAAAGAGAACUGAUUUUUAUUUUUGUAUGAGUGGAAUGUACAGACGGUGCGGAGUGAAUUUUCGCAAGUGACUUGUUUCUCAAUUUGUGAGGGAUGAGAGAUGAAUUGAUCAAACGAGUUGUGUAAUAGCUUUUAAUUCAUUGUGUAAGCUCUCAUUUCCAAACUUAAUAAUGACUAUUGUGUACGCAGUAAUAGCUGCGCUGAUGUAUGUAAACGUUUUAUUUAAACAUUAAAAUAUUAUAAGGUUAAAAA